AUGGUGGCCUCCCACGCGGCAAUCGCAACCAUCCUCAUUGGGGCUGCAACCGCUACGUCUGUACCCGACGGCACAUGGCCCGCCAGCACUGGAGCCGUCAAGUUCACCAAGCCACACGUCAUCAAGGCCGGCGAGGUCUUCGACGGCAAGAUGCAGACGUUCGACCGCUCCGACAUCACCUGCUCGGGAGGCGAGGGCCAGAAGGACUCCGCCGUGUUCCUCGUCGAGGCCGGCGGUACCGUUAAGAACGCCAUCAUCGGCAAGAACCAGAAGGAGGGCGUGCACUGCGACGACCACGACUGCACCAUUGAGAACGUCUGGUGGAACGACGUGUGCGAGGAUGCGCUGAGCAUCAAGGGCGGCUCGGCCUCCAGCGUGACGACUAUCACCAACUGCGGCGCGCGCUACGCCGAAGACAAGGUGGUCCAGCACAACGGCUACGGCACCGUCAAGAUCAACGGCUUCUUCGCGCAGGAGUUCGGCAAGCUCUUCCGAUCGUGUGGCACUUGUGGCAACAUUCCUCGCACCGUGGCGGUGGAGAACGUGUACGCCAUCGAUCCGUUGGUGAGCGUUGUCACGGUGAACAAGAACUACGGUGACAAGGCGACGUUGAGGAACAUUUAUGUGAAGACGACCGAUGGUAACGACAACGUGAAGGUGUGCGAGUGGUCACAGGGAAGCAAGACGCCUUCGAACUUGGGCGACGGUCCAUUGGGCACGCUUUGUCAGUACUCGGAGAGCGAUGUUCACAUCAACGAGCAGUAG